AUUCUAUCAUAAUUCUAUUUCGUAAACAGAUUUUUAUUACUUUCUUGAUCAAUCUUUCAACUAUUGGCAUCAUUAUUCGUUGUGGACUUCAAAAUGGACAUAAGUUUUGUGCAAGCUGAUAACAGCAAUCUACCUAAGGUUGACGCAUUAAUGGUAGCAUUUUUCUUCAAAAAUAAUGCGGACUACUAUGCUGCGGAACUCAAACAUGUGAAAACAACAAUGUCUGGAAGGGAGUCCUACGGAGACGAUGCAAUUGGCUAUGUGCAGCUGCACCGGGAGCAUGGACUUAAGUGCAAAAUGUGCCCAGAGCACAAAGUGAGACCAAAAGCUUAUAAUGUGACAAUGGUUAUCAACGAAAAUGAAAGCGAGAUAAUAAGUUGUCAGUGCCAUGACUGUGCUGCUUCAGCAGGAGGCUGCAAGCAUGCAGUCGCUUUUUUGAUGUGGGUACAUCGGCGCAGUGAGGAACCUCCAUCUACUUCGGUGGAAUGUUAUUGGAAAAAGCCAACAUUGUCAAGAGUAGGGACUACUCUGAAGUACAUCACGGUGCAGUAGAUGUCGAAAAAGGAAGUACCGCACAGACCAAGUACAUCAGCACUUUACACAGACUUUAUUUUGGAAGCCAAAAAAAGAAAACUUCAACACUGUGAAUUGAUAAAAUAUCAGGACG